AUGGAUUCCUAUCCAAAUCCAAAUUUUAAUUUUGUUGAUCUUCUUCAAAGUCAACAAGAAAGUGGGUUCGGUUUAGAGUCUUCUUCUUUUCCUCUAUUUGGCACUCAAGCUACCGAAGGUUCUAACUUCGAGCAAGAUAGUCCAGCGGCUGCAGAGCGUAAGGAACGACGGACAUGGACGCCUACUCAUGAUGCUGUCCUCAUCAGCGCGUGGUUAAACACGAGCAAGCAUCCGGUGGUAGAGAAUGAGCAACGCUUUGUUGCUUUCUGGAAGCGGAUAGCUGCGUACUAUUCUGCCAGUCCUAAGAUCGCAGAGUGUGACAAAAGAGAGGCCUCAACAUGUAAGCAAAUGUGGCAUAAGAUCAACGAUCUAGUCUGCAAGUUCUGUGGUGCUUUCGAAGCUGCAAACAGAGCGAAAUCUUCUGGUCAAAACGAGACUGAUGAGCUUCGUAAUGACCAGAAGUGGUGUGAACUCUCAACCCCUAAACUCGACGGAAGCAGCAAAAGGAGGAAGGUCGACGACGGUUCUCAUUCAGCAACCUCUCAGGCGUUUGAAACCGACACUGCUGUAGAUGAGCAAGGCAGCAAGCGUCCCCCUGGUGUCAAGGCUGCAAAAGCUCAUGGGAAGAAGAAGAUGGUAGAUGGAAAGGAUCUGUCUGAGUAUCAGACAAUGUGGGUCAUCAGGCAGCAGGACAUCGCAUCCAAAGAAAGGCUCUCGAAGUUUAAGCUUCUCGAGAGUCUCAUUGCAAAACAAGAGCUUGCAGAUUAUGAAGAAGUUCUGAAGAAGAAACUCGUUGAUGAGUUGAUCUCUCCUUAG